GGGCAAUGCCAGCGAGUGUCUGGCUGCCGUCAAGAAGCUGUUCAACUUCUCGGCCUGUGGCCAGAGCCCUCGCCUGGCCCUCGAUGACAGGAACGUGACCCUGGAGGGCAGGGGCAAUGCCAGCGAGUGUCUGGCUGCCGUCAAGAAGCUGUUCAACUUCUCGGCCUGUGGCCAGAGCCAAGACUGCACCUUCAAUGGCAUCUACCAGCCCCGGGUCAGCGGGAUGUUCAUUGCCUUCUCUGCCUUUUACUACAACUUCAAGUUUCUCAACCUGACCGAGAGGCAGCCGCUGGCCGCUGUCAGGGAGACCAUCGAGCAUUUCUGCACAAGGAGCUGGGCAGACCUGUCUGCUAGCUACCCCGAAGAGAAUCCUGAGCGGCUGCCGAAAUACUGCGCCAAUGCCAACUACAUCCUCACGCUCCUCCUCGACGCCUACAAGUUCAGCGAGACCAGCUGGAACAACAUCUUCUUCCAGAAGAAGGCGGGGAGCGCUGACAUCGGCUGGACGCUGGGGUACAUGCUGAACCUCACCAACAUGAUCCCCGCCGAGGCUCCGGCGCGGGUGAAAGGGCACGUCCCUUCCCUCUGGGCUUUGGCCGUUGCCUUCAUCGUCCUCACCCUUGCCUUGGGGCUUGCUGCCCUGCUCCUGCUCUUGUGGGUGUAG